GUGCAUUCGCUUUAAGAACGGUGAUGUGCACGCGCUCGAGGUCAUGUACAAAAUGCUUGGGAUCACGGGCAAAUGGCUGGAUGCUUUCCUAGAGUUGCAGCUGCGUUGGGAGGACGGCUACCUGUGCGUUGCCGAGAACAUGCAGGGCGAACUCGACCUCGUGAAACGCAUCACGGCUGCGCUGCUCCACAUCUGGAGGUUCCGGGCGUGGAGCGAUUCAAGGUGGUGCGGGCUGGGGCAAGGCUGCCGCGCGCUAGCCAGCGGGGCUGUCACUGGACUCAAACAUCUUGUGAAGCAGGUGCUGGAUGAUAAGAGUGAGACGAACUAUUACAUCAAGGGUUUCAAACGGCUCAAAGACCAGGUGUUGUACACGAUCAUCGUCAUAGCUUUGACGAGUUGGCUCAGUGAAUCGGUUCUCGUCAUGGUGCUCGAAGACGACCGGGUGCCUCUAAUCUUGCCGCAGAUGGAUGGUAAGAUCAACGAGAUGCGUGACUUUAUCCUUGCUGUGUCAGAUGAUGCGCUCACUCUCCUUGCGAAGUGUUGCGACGGCAGCGUUCGCCAGAUGCGCCACGACAUCAUCAUGGCGGUCGCGGUGCAGAUUGGGUAUUUGAUGGCACGGCUGCGGACGUACAGGCGGCCCCCAUGGACAGUGUGCAGGGGCGACGUGUUGGAGAACCUCCGCGAGCUCAGGCCCAACUCGAUCAAAGGCAGGCACGCUUACGUCCGCGCCUUGAUCGACCAGGCGAAGGCCCAUUCGGAGCAGAGGUACAACGUCAACCACAAGCUCACGAAGGACAAGAGCGCGGCGCAGAAGAACCUUUACGAGUCGAUGGCUGUCUACAUGCAGGAGGACAAAGUUGAUGUCGUGCGCGCUCAGCUCCAGGAGCAACUUCAGUUGAAGCGAGAUAUCAAGAGGGAGCUCGCGGAGAAAGCGGCCAAGGAGUCUGGGCGACUGAGCUCGGGCUCUUGCCGCUUCAGCGCUGCCCAAAUCAGUGAAUUCAACGACCUGUGCGCGUCCAGCGAGUGGUCGGAGGCCCGCCUCGACGAGUUGCGCUCGCGGGCUUGCAGACCAGUGGGGCCGCCACCGGAGUGGAAGAUCAAGACGCUGGAGGCGAUGGACAUCCCCAGCGCAGGGCCGAAAAACCGUUAUCCAGAUUGGGUACCUCUUGUUUGCACCAACCGCGAGUACUUCUCGAGGUGCUUGCUGCGAGUGUGGCGCGGUGAGGAGAAGGACGAUUACAAGUUCGUCUAUGGAUACAAGCAACCUUGGCUCAUGUGCUGCUGCGCGGUGCACGAGGAAGAGGUCGAGUUGCAUGCGGACGCCCUCCCGCGCGUGGGCUACGCGGCCGCCGACGUGCAUGUAUUCGACCACCGCUUCCGAUGGGAUUGGGUCGGCGGCUGGAGCUAUUCCGACGACGGCGUGUUCGACGGUGUCGACAGGGUCCAGGUUCUCAGCGACUGCAUCUGCAUGGACGGGUACAUCGGCUGCGACGGCGAAUGGACUAAUCUUCUGGAUUUGCUUGACAUUUUGACCCCUGUUGGCACCGCUGGCGCACAGGAGGAAGGCGACUCUGGGCACGGGCCGGGUCCUCUCCCCGCGCCAGAUCCAUGGAUGGAGGACCCUGCGAUGUGGCUGUUCUACUGCGACGCCGAGGCCAAGGGGAGGGAGAAGCGGGCCGCUGGCGAGCCUGAUGACAGCGACUCCACGCUUUCGGACGAUGCCGACGCCCAGAGCCUGGGCUCGGACGACUUGGACGAGAUCGACGCAAUGGAGCGUCUGUGGGAGCGGCGACUCGAGCUGGAGAAGGUCGCCCUUGUACCCUUGCCAGACCUCUUCACCUUCACGCUUCGUGGGGGUAAGUGGACAAAGAAGAACAAAGGCGUCGCCUUCGACGCUUACAUGGCGUUCGCUCGAAAAGGGCCGGGCCGGGCAUUCGUCCGGAAGUAUGGCAUCCAGGCUUCCAGGAGCUACAGCAUUCGCUCAUAUGACGAAGCGGCGUGCUUGACCAUGGUGAACGCAUGGAUCCACAAGUUGUCGUAUUUUUACCAGAGGUAUUUCGAUGACGGUUGCCGGGAUGAUUUCCGGUUUCGGGCCGGGGACAUCCAGGGCUAUCAGGAACCGCCCGAGCUGACUGAGCUUGCUAGGGGGGCUUCGCCGCAGCUCGCCGUCCGCGUGCGGGAGUUGCGGGCGAUCCGGCCGAGGGGAGUUGCUUGA